AUGGGCGGCACUCCGAUCUCGCAGGGCGUCGUAGCGCCUUCCAAGCUGCCGACUCUACCCGCGACAUCCCCUUCGGCAUCUCCGAUACCCCGUUCCGUCUCGGACACAUCGUAUGCCACCAAAUAUGGCUUCAAGCAUACCGCCAACGGCUCAGUCUCCGCUAAUUCGGCGACCAUCGCCGGCGCCGGCGCUAAUGGGAAGGGUUUGAAUGGCUCCUUGAGCAUGCCUCGUUCGGCUAGUGCGAAGCAGAUCGGCACCACUACUACCGAGGCGGCGUCGACCCCGGCUGCUGCAUCGACCAUGCUUGGGAUUCGAACGUUCAGAAGUCGUUUCCUUGGCGGUUCGAUCAAGAGGGGAAGCAAGAUCGCCGCGCCGGCCGGACCCAAAGUCGUGAUCCAGGCUGCUAAACCCCCGCCACUCGUCACGACCAUCUCGACCCACAAAUUAGGCGACGACUCAAUCAAGGAUGUGGCUCUACUGUCACCCCAAGAUUCUGACUUUGCUCCCGCCAAGACCUCGAAUGGCGCUCCGCAGCCCACUCGUUCAACGAGCAUCAGCGGCAACAGUGUGGGGCGCAAAAGGGGCAUGUUCGGCUUUCGUCGGAGAACGAGCAUGCCCGCCGAGUCCAUUUCGCUUCCCAUCGCGCAUCCGCACGGCUCCUCAAGGUUCCAGAAGCAAGUAUCGAGAAAGUCGAUCGACGAAGAGAGCAAGUCGGCGACUAGUCUCGUCAAUACGCGAACGUCGCCGGCCAAGGUCGCUUCGAUCAGCGCUUCGACACGGCUGUCGUCGGCACUUUCUCACGACGACAAGCACACGCGCGAUGCCACUCCGCCCAACUCCUCGCGAAACUCUACUCGUUCACACGUUACAGCCGACCCAGAGUCUUUCUCCCCUUCAAAGCGAGACUCGAGCCUCAGACUCGCAAGUCCUUCACCUGUACCUCUGCAUCUUACGCCGGUCAAGAGGGGUCAUUCGGAAGCCUCCAACGUCGACGAAUGGGUGAACGCUGAGCAAUCCAUCGAAACGCCUCGUCAACGGCCGACUUCCUCGCGCGUUUCGUCACUGUUGGAAGUGGAGCGACCGACGUCGAGCACGUCGAGUCUCAUGAAACAAGGCCCACCCGAGGGUCUUGCGAUCCACAAGGACUCGCUCGCACCCAACAAGGACGACCUCGCUUAUCGAAGGCACUCGAUCUCGCCCGUGUUGGGCAAUUUUACAUUCCCGCAUUCCUCGCGGAAGAGCUUUGAGACGCGCUCGACCGGCGCACAGUCGUGGUCGAGGUCGCGCGAGACCAGUCCUCUGCCCGACGAGGUGGCUGGUCCCGUCGGCGUUUCAGAGCCUGCUGCUGCUGAGGACACGAAGGCCGGGGCAAGUGAGGAUCAUCAGACAACGGGCUCUUCGGAGAAAGCCGCUGAAGACAGCUCAGACCUCCCGCCACUCGUAUCUUUCGAAUCGACACAGCAACGGCCGCACAGUCAAAGUACAGUCAUGGAAUCGCGUUCGUCGAUGGACACGUUUGGCGAACCGCGCGCGCAGUCCGUCUUGCCCUCCCCGAUCCCCGACAGCCUUCGCUCGUCGCUGCUCUUGGACCAAACAGGACUCUCGAAACGAUUCUCUGCGAUCGAGGCCGCAAGGAAAAAUCCCGCUGCGGCGAUGCGAAGCGUAGAGAGUGGUUCUCCGAUCUUGGUCAAACCCGAGGAUGGAUUCUCCGAGUCGCCGAAAUCAAGUCGAGGGCCAGGGGUCCGUCUCCGAGCGCGGGUUUCCAGCCACGAGGAGGAAGAAGAAGGGGAAGCGCCACAGUUCGUCGAGAGGAUGUCACGGUCCCCGACGGAAGGGGUUGACCCUGAGAAUCUGCGUGGCAAACGACUGUCGGGUCGAUCGCAUCUGGCUUCACCCCUCGAAGACCUCGUGUUUCAACUAGGCGGACGACGACUUUCUUCCGAUGGGGGGUCCCUAAUGGGCCCCGCGGUCGCCUCGACUGGGCCAUCGAUUCGAGUUCCUGAGCAAGCUGUUGUCGGUGGCACUUCGCCGUCGAUCUCGAUUGCUCGUUCUGCGUCUUCGUCGUCUCGAGGACAUGGACUCAGUGGGGAUGACGCAGCGGCGCUGGCGAGCUUCCCUGAUCCCGGUUAGUUUUGGCUUGAAGCAUUCUUCUGGCUUUUUAUUCGAAUUUUGGGGGCAACCUUGCUGAUCUCGUUAAAUGCUCAAUUCUUCAGACGGACCUCUGACUCUGGAUCAAAUGGAGCGGGAAAUUGAUCGCAUGGAGGCCGAGUUAGCGCUGACGGGAGGAGGUGCUCGGUCCAAACGGUUCGCCACACUGGGUCUCGACGACUCGAUGCUAGGCCCGAUGGACGCUGCGACCCCUCCUCCAGGCGGCGUCAGGAAAUCGGUCGAGCUCGCUGGCGUGCUCGGCAAUUCGACGACGAGUCCACUCACUUGGGCAGCACCACCGCUUACGUCAUCGUCCGAAAUGGAACGUAACCCCUCACAAACGUCUUCGAACCUCUCGAGCGAUAUCACACCACGUACGGCUCGUAGAUGGUCGAUCGUCGAGGUUGAACGGGCGUACGAGAGGAUGAAGAGGAUCCUUGCUUCGGCGAGCUCAAGAUCCGUUACGGCGAUGUCCGAUAGUGGGACGAUCAAUGAAUCCGCUUCGGAGCUCGGCGAUGUUGCGGUCGAGGACGCGUUCGAGACGACGCUCGCCAGGGCGAGGGCUAAGGAGAACCCCGUCAAGGCCGUUCUGGGCAGCUCGGACGACGACGAUGAUCGGGAAGAGCUCUUACUUACGUGAGUUGGGUCCUUUGCAAUCCUCGAUGGUCGUGCCAGCGCUGACCUACGGUAUUGGUUCGGUGCACAGCCCACCCCCUGCGAGGACUCGGGCCUUCUCGAGUGAACAAACGACACCGACGCAUCGCCACAGCGGACUUCGAGGUCCGAAAAUCAGCUCACCCUCGGCCAAGGCUCUGCGCGAGAGCGUUGCUCGGCCAGGCUCGCUGGUCGUCAGUCCGGAUCGCGCAGGAGGUGUACGACGGACGGUGCGCACGGACUCUUCGUCCACGGGAGGCUCGCUCGACGAUGCGGCUCUUGACGAUCGCGCAUCACGCCGUCACACCGUUCACGAAUCGUCGUUGUCGUAUAGGUCCAACGGGGACGUGUUCGACGCCAGCCGCAACACUCCCGAAAGACCAAGCGGCAAGCGUGGUAGCGAUACGUCCCGACUGGCCGCUUCGACCUCUUCCAUUCGACCGGCGACGAUCGGCAGCACGGGAACGGGGACGAGCGAGGAUGGCGGAUGGGCGACGCCGAUGAGCACGUUGAGGUUCGCUCAAUCGAGUGUGUCGCCUCGCUCUAAUGAUGUGUCUCGUGCGCUAUCGAGUCCGGCGAGGAGCUCGCUCCAACAACGUUCGAUGGACGAAUUGGGUCCCCGUACUGCGGCGCAUGUUCGCACCUCCACGAACGAGACGACACCCAAACGACGAGCGGUGCAAAUCGCCCCACAAGAACGACCCUCUUCCGUCGCCUCCGAACCGAAAGUCUCGACGGGGACGUGGUACCCGCACACUCCGAAUCGUCACGUUCACCACCACCGCGAGGAGAGCUUUUCGAGCGCCGACGAACGCGAUUCCUUAAACGAUACGCAGCGCACGCUCGUUGAUUCGUCCGAUUUGACGAUGACGAGCGUGCGUGCGAUGGAUAAACUCGAGAUCUUUUUCCGUUAUACGUCGGUCAAGGCCGAGUUGGACAAGGCCGCGACGGAGAGGGAUGCAUUGCUCGAUGCGUUGGGGGAGACGAGGGCGACGUUGAUGGAUGUGAGGUCGCAGAGAGAUGCGUUGUUGGAUGAGCUCAAGGUCGAGAAGGCCAGGAGGGGAGAGCAGAAUGAUGUAAGCCGGCGAUGCGGGUACAGAAUUUCCUGGAUCGUAAGUGCUGACCAUUCCUAUGCGGUACUUCCCUAGACCAUCUCCUCGGACUCUGCUCUGGCCCAGCUCGAACAGGUGCGAGCGAACUGGGAAGCGCGUGCGCUCGACGCAGCCGAAGAGCUCGAACGGGCCAAGCAAGAGGUCUCGGCGGCGCGGCAAGAGAUUAUGGACUCGCGCGAGAGGGAAGACACGCUCGAACGCGAAGUGCUUGCGCUCGAGGAGAAGGUCUCGGCGAUGGAAGCGACGCAGGUCACGCUUGCUGCCGGGGUGACGAGUUUGGCUCGAAGGCCUGGUUCGAAUGGGACGAGUCCUCGGGUGGGGAGUCCUCGGGUGGGGAGUCCUCGGGUGGGGAGUCCGCGAAUCGGUGGUCCGCGUGCGGGGUCGAUUGGACUGGGAGGUGGAGCCGCCCCGCCACGCCCUCCUCGGCGCGUGUCGGCCGACGACUCGCAAUCCCUCGGCGGUCCUAGAUCAUCUCCGAGUCCCACCAAGAUGUCCGCUCUCGGUCUCCCCGCCGCACCUUCGACACCCGCUGCCUUGUUCGCGCAAGCGUACCGCAUCCGAGCUUCAUCGGCCGCGUCGAGCGGCAACGUAUCCGACGAUUCACAAGGUCUCGUUGAUGCGACGGUGACGAUGCUCGAUGGACAAGGCUCAAGUCCGCUGAUGGAACAACGCGCGAGCUUUGGGCCGAAAUCCUCUUUCGGCUCCUUCGUUGGCACGCCGCUCAAGUCGAGGUCAUGGGGUCAUUCGAGCCAAGCUACGACGACUUCGUUGUACGACCGUUCGGGCGUGAUCGAUCGUUCGACGAAAGAGGGAACGAGUUCGUCUUCGGCGCCAUCGCACACGAUGCCGAAAGGGCGGAGUAGUAAAUCACGUUUACCUUUCCCUUUCUUCGGUGUAGGAUCCCCUAAGUCGAGACUACCCUCCAAUCGACUCGUUUCGAAGAGCUCGAUGGCCUCAUCCGCUACGGCCUCUGAUUUUGGAGGCGAUCAUCUUCCCCCGCCUUCGGCGCAACAGAGGGGAAUGGCUUGGGAUCCCAAAGCUAGUCAGGGUAGUAGUUCGGGCAGUGUCGGCGUCGGUAAGUUGAGGGAGGAUGAUGAACGAUUCUUGAAGGAUUUGUUGCAAGAGGAAUAA